AAACAACUGCUUCCUAAAAAUGGAGUUCUUAAUGACCCAGAAGCCGGGCCAAGCUAUGUAAGGUAUCCAGGGUUUGGUCUCCCAGCUUCUCCUGUCUGUCUUUUUGCCUUUGUCUUCCAACCAGGGUUGCUAGUUUGCUUCUCAGUGACCUCAAUCUAUCUAGACGGAUUCAUAGGGAAAGCUGAGGUGGCAGGAGGGUAGCAGAUCAAGCUGGCACCCCGAGAGCUGGACCUCCGCAGGCUCUGGAAUUCCUCCUCCUUCCCCCAAGAUAAACAAGAAACACCCCGAGAUGAAAACAGCUUGCUGGCUCCUGGCAGUUUUUUACGUGCUCACUUGCUGCAGGGCAGAAGAAGGACUGGAAUUCCCUACCUACGAUGGGAAAGAUCGGGUGAUUGACCUGAGCGAGAAAAACUACAAGCAGGCCUUCAAGAAGUAUGACAUGGUCGGCGUGCUCCUUCAUGAGCCUGUGGCAUCCGACAAAAUUUCGCAGAGGCGUUUUCAAAUGACUGAGAUGGUGCUGGAGGUAAGUGUGGGUUGCAUGUCACGGUCACACUCGGCACCUUGGCAGGGGGGACACACCAAAUUGGGGACCUCUAAAGAGGCCUUUGAAAUAUGCUUGAGUGUAGAUUUGCACCUAAAUCUUAACUUUUCCGGUCUGGAAGGCUUGUGCCAAUGAACCUCCUCAAAGCUGUCAAUGUUUCUGUGGGGCAAGGGCGCUGCCUCUGAGUUGCAGUAAGUGGGGAACAUCAGAGCAAUUCAACAAGAUCACAAAUGCAAGCUUGAUAGGCUUUCAUCCACUAGCCAAACUCUCGGAAUGAAUUUCCCAGUCACUUAUGUUUAAUCCAAGUGUUUCUUCCAUCUGCAUUCUGGUAUCAAAGCCAUUGUUCUGCCCCUGUCAGGAAUCCGACCCAAGCAAGCCUCUGCUAAAUCAAGCUGAAAAAAAUAUUCCAUCACUUAGAAAGCCUCAGUCUGUGCUAGACGCUGGUUUGUUCUCUGCUGCCUGCUUUCAGAUCUCUUCACCGUUUGCUGUUCAUGUUUAUUUAUUGUCAAAACCUAUUUCUGAGCCAAGAAUGUGUUUAAUGCUCUGGUGGUGAGAAGGUUCCACUAUCAGGGAGCAAAACAAAAUGCUAUACUGGCUGCCAGAGGAAUCCUAUAAGUACAGUCAUACCUCGGGUUACAGAUGCUUCAGGUUGUGUGUUUUCGGGUUGCGCACCGGAACGGGUUACUUCCAGGUUUUGGCACUCAUGCAUGCGCAGAAGUGCUAAAUCGCGCUUUGUGCAUGUGCAAAAGUGCUGAAUCGCAACCCUCGUGUGCGCAGACGCGGCGCUGCGGUUGCAAAUGCUGCUGGUUGUGAAUGUGCCUCCCGCACGGAUCACAUUUGCAAGCCGAGCGUCCACUGUAAAACAUGUAAAGGACCGCAAGGCAUAGUGGAGGGAUACCUUUUGGCAAUCUGAUUCUCCUGAAAUUGCCAAGCUAAGAAUAUUAGUUGGGAGAAAGAGAUGCAACAGCUCCUUCUUACAGAGAAGCCGUCCUACAUUGCCCUGUUCCCAGCUAAAAUUCCUACUGUGGCCUCCUCCUAGUGCUGCGUCUUGUGAACUUCUGUGGGUGUCUCAAAGCAAGGCAACUGUAUGAUAUGAGAAGGAAGGAAGUCUUCUCCUAGCCUGUUCCCCUACUAAUCACAGGUAGAGCAAAUUCAUGUUGACAGUGGCAACUUUUAGCAUCUCCCACCUGCUGCAACCAGGACAUCUUCCUGCCACGGCUGCAUGUUGCCUUCAUGUCCACGCAGAUGCCUUUGCAGGCUUGCAUGCCAGAAAGGAGCUGCAUCCUCUCCCCUCAGAGAUUUAAUCGCAGGGGAACGAGAGCCCUGGCACAUCCCCAAAGAGAUCACAUUGCCAAACCUUUUAAUACGGCAACCCAAUAGGCAAAAAUAGGGGGCCAAGAAACAUGGCAGAGACAGGGGCCGAAACACAGAGAGAGCUGGGAAAUUUGUUCACGGAAAUAGUUAUGGCGAAGGGACUUGAGUGUGCCACAGUGUUGCUAGCAGUGGAGAGACUUGUUUGACGAAUUGUAGCAAAUUGUUUCCGUAAAGAGGGUUGAGGAAUCAGCCCAUGGUGCAUCUUAACCAGCGAAAGACAGACUGUGGGCUUAUCCACAUUUGCCUUUCCCUGCUGUUUCCAGGCAUAGUCUGAGCACCCUUGUUUUCGCUCUGGAGCUUUCUGAACGAAAACCUGCCCUUUAAAGCUCUGUCCCAUUCUAAGGGAUGCUCCAUUCUUGGCUCACAGGGCUACUUUUCGACAUUGUGUUGUUCUUUUUUUGAAGCAGGUUCUUGGGUGGCCUUUGUGCAAUUACAGGUCUUGCUAGGCCUGGCAAUCAGUCCGUGGCAUCAACAUCAUCAUCAUCAUCAUACCCCGCUCAUAUGGCUGAGUUACUCCAGCCACUCUGGGUGGCUCCCAAUUAAAAAUACAAUAAAACAUUAAACAUUAAAAACUUCCCUAAACAGGGCUGCCUUCAGAUGUCUUCUAAAAGUGAGAUAGUUGUUUAUUUCCUUGACAUCUGAUGGGAGGGUGUUCCACGUGGUGGGUGCCACUACCGAAAAGGCCCUCUGCCUGGUUCCACUUCUCACAGGGAGGGAACCGCCAGAAGGCCCUCAGAGCUGGACCUCAGUGUCCGGGCUGAAUGAUGGGGGUGGAGACGCUCCUUCAGGUAUACUUCAGGUAUAAUGAGAACAACUGAGGAGAUUGGAAGACCAGCAUCUGUUGGAUGAGGGUGUGCUAAGGCAGAGGGAACAGAUUUCCUUGGGCUCACUAGCAAGCUUGACCCAGAUGCCAGCAGUGCCAGAUUUAGGAUGGUGCGUGUGGUUCACCUGCACAAGGCACCGAGCCAAAUGGGCAUAAAAUUGAGACGAUUGAUAAUUGAGAAGAUGGAUUUGGGGGUGCCAAAUGUUGACCUAGUGCAGGGCGCCAUAUUACGAAAGAUUACCGACGUCUGCCCCUGAUGCCAGCGUAGAUCACUCUGAUUUGACCCGCUCUAGGCAAAUGGUGUGAAGAGCAGAGCAAAGCUUUCCUCAAUUCAUUCCUUUGGCCAAAUCUGGGUACAGACUACAAACUGACUCUGCCCUGACAUCCUUCAUGUCAGGGCUCAUCCACACUUGCCUUUCCUCUGCAAAUUCCAGGCACAAUCCGCACUUCAAAGCUCUGUGUCCAAGCACCCUUUUAUUUUGCUCCAGAGCUUUCCCUAUGAAAACUGGCUCUUUAGCGCUCAUUCGGAGCAAACAUCAAUCCAUAGAAAACCCAAAUUGAUGUUUGCUCUGAUUGAGUGCUAAAGAGUGUUUUGGUUUUGGUUUUUGGCAGGGAAAGCUCCGGGGCAUCUCCACCCGCCCAAAAAAAAAACCCACACUUGGACGUGGCUCUUUUAAAUGCAUAUCUGCACCUGGAAAGAGCAAGGCAAAAAGUAAGUAAGGGUGGAUAAGUCCUGUGUUCCUGUAUUGGGUGGAGAGGAAAAGAAGUCCCUUUCUUCCUACCCAGCACACAAAAUGCAAGCAGAGAAAAACAGGAAAGGAGUGGCUUCACCCAUUUGUGAUCUGACCCACAGCUGGCUUCUGCCCCACCCACCCACAGUAUGUGGCCCCCACCAGAUUACCCACCAAGGCCUUCAGCAUAGAAUAAGUUUCCCAUCUCAGUUUUGAGAUGAUAGGUUAUGGGGUGAGGGGUGGAGAGAGAGAGAGAGAGAGAGAGAGAGAGGCACAUCUUUGACUUUCCCCCCAUUUCCAGGGAGGCAGACAUGUCUGUUAAAUCUCCCUCGGAGAGUAUCUUCUCCAGUUACCUCACCAACAGGAGAGAGGUUUCUCUGCUCAUGCUCCAGGAAUUCAGUUUACAGGCAUCUGGGACACACAAUGGUGGGCUGAUCUGCACACUGCCUCACAAAAGGUUUCAUAUAGUCUUACUAGGUCAUAUUUUUAGCUGGGCUGGGUGUUCCUAAUUUUAGUGACCUUAAGCGAAAGGCAUCCUGCAGCCCUGUGAACCUAGGGUGAGGCCAUGCUGAACUCCAGAACUUAUUCCUACGCCCUGUUACAAGUCUGGUAAAAGAAACAAAUUGGAUGGGUUGCAGAAAUUGCAGUCUUUCCGAUUUCGGUUUCUCGCUGGGAUUUGCAACUGGUACAGGAUUUUUGGCUAGGGCUGCAAUCUUUUGCACAUGGUUGCGGGAUGCAGUUCCAUUAAACUCAGCAGAGCAUUGUUGUUUAGUCGUUCAGUCGUGUCCUACUCUUUGUGACCCCUGGACCAGAGCAUGCCAGGCACUCCUGUCUUCCACUGCCUCCUGCAUUUUGGUCAAACUCAUGUUAGGAGCUUUGAGAACACUGUCCAACCAUCUCAUCCUCUGUCAUCCCCUUCUCCUUGUGCCCUCCAUCUUUCCCAACAUCAGGGUCUUAUCCAGGGAGUCUUCUCUUCUCAUGAGGUGGCCACAAUAUUGGCGCCUCUGCUUCAGGUCCUUCCAGUGAGCACAGCAGGGCAUACUUUUGAGUAAACGUGCAUAGGAUCAUGCUACCUAUAUGACGCAGGCAGAGUGGUGCAUCAGAUACGUAGAGUUUAGUAUAAACUACCUUCCACUGACCUCCUAAUCUCAUUGGACAUUCCAUUGCUCUCAGAAGACAAUGGAGGAGUGGGUCUUUGGGAAUGAAGUCAAACUAUUGGAAGGUUGCAUUGCCUGCUGUGUCUGUAGAGACCAAUACAGGAGAGGCAUGUUUUGCUGGACUUAGGAUAUCAUCAUUUCAACGGACACUGCAUUAGGCACAACCAACCACACAUUCUGUUUUAUAUCCUUUCCUCACAUAAUUCCUAAUUUUCAUGUCAGAACGCAUAAGGAGAGAUUCCGUUGCAUGCGAUAUGCAUGUAACUUUCCAAGCUAACCAAUUGCCACCUUCCCCAGUUGCUGGGACUUCAAAGCACACCAACGGACUGCUCAAAAUCCAUUUUGCAAAUAGCCCACACCGCUCUUCCAAGUUGUGCCUGCAAAUUAAUAGCCUAAUUCUCCUCGGAAAGAGCUCUCAGAUUAAACCUGGCUGCGCUGCCCUUGCUUCUAACAUUACAACAAAAGCCUGAACUGCUGUCAGUGAGCGCCAUGAGCAGAUUUAGUGGUAGACCCCCCCCCAAGAGGCUUCCAGCUGGCCGUUGUUAUCUUCUUCAGCCUCCUGGUGCUUUCAGAGCACACUUGGGCUUGGGCUAUUUAUAACAAAGAUUUAGGGCACGCUGCACUUUCACAAGAGCCAUGCUAUUGUAUGACAUUUCAGUAAUCCCAAAGAGAAGGAUCUGAUAGAGUGGGGGGCGCAAUACAAGGUGGACAUGGGCAGGGCCUUCUUUAGCAUAUACGCCGCCUUCCUCUUUCUUGUGAGUGGAAAAGUGACCUUGGGUGUUCACAAUCAAUUAAUUGAAAUACAUUCUAAAAUCAAUUCAUUCUAAAAUCAAUUUAGAGUCAAAUUAAUGGCAACCAUUGGGCUAGAGUUCCAUGAGGAUUACCAAAGGCCAAAGGCCUGGUGGAACAGCUCUGUCUUGCAGGCCCUGCGGAAAGAUGUCAAGUCCCGCAGGGCCCUGGUCACUUGUGACAGAGCGUUCCACCAGAUCGGGGCCACGGCCAAAAAAGCCCUGGCUCUGGUUGACAAAAUAUCUUUUUUUUCUUUAAUUGAUUGCAAGGAAAACACUUGAAACCAAGUGUUGCCAAACAAGGGAGCCGAUGGACAGCAGAGGAGCAAAAGAGAGACAGGCCUUUCUGGUGAAAUUCAGCAGGGCUUGACUUUUGUUUUUCUCCUCUGCCUCAUUGCCUGACCUGAAUGCUUCCAUUCCAGGCAGAGGUGUGUCACUUGAACACAAUGGAAAGGUGAAAGCAAGCUGUCAGGCAAACCCCUUUCCGGGAGCUGCCACUUUGGGAAUGUGUCUUGGCAUGUGCUAAGACAGCAAGUCCUGAGUUUAUGCUCAGACUUCCCGGGUGUUGUGCUUAAUGUGGGCGGAAUUUUAAAAAUCGGCCUAUCUGCCUGCAAGUGUGGCCCUUUGCCAAUUUUGCAAGGCCAGUUGCCAUGUUCAAAUGCUGAUGCAUUGAAGGGGGGAUAUGUUGUACAUGUGUCACCAAAAGAAGAAGCCUUUCCAGGCUCUUGGGCCUGGAGUUGCAGGCUGCUGAGUUGCCUUGCACGCCAGUAACAGAGGAGAAAUAGCAAGAGAACAGAUUCCAACUGCAGGAGCAAAAGAGAGGUUUGAGUUUACCACAAUACAAGGAUCAGUUAGUAGAUUUACCUGUUGUAAAAAUUACAGUUUUGAAGUGUAGGUGGGUUGCCACAAGGCAAGACACAGUCAUAACAGCAAGAACCAUUUUUGAACUAACAGAACUGGACAACAAAGGCAAAACAACUGCUUAUAUACAUUUCUGAAGGCCUGGGCCACUCCCACUCCCAAUGUGAUUGGCUGUCUGAACUUCCAAGCUUCGAAUCACAACUCAGAGUUUAAGGGCCAAUGGCAGAGGCCCAAAUCCUGAAAUGUUCUGUGAUUGGAUAUCAUGUAUUGAAUCAGAACACAGGAGUUCAGAAUCCUUAGUCCAGACUCAAGCUCAGGCAAACACAGACCACUGAAUACAUAACAAACUUCAUAAUAUAUGUGGAACUUUUUAAAUUCUUGAAACACUUUUUAAAUGCCGAGUAAGGGCUUGUCCACGUUGGAGUUUAAUGUGGAUUAAAAUCUGCCUGUGGGCUUAUGCAUAUUACUUUUCUUCUGCUCUUUCCAGGCAAGGUCUGUGUCAAACACUUUUUUUCUUGCCCUGGAGCUUUCCCCCAUGAAAACUCACACCUUAAAGCUCAAACAGAGCAAACCCGAAUCCGUGGGAAACCCGAAUUGAUGUUUGUUCCGAUCCAGUGCUAACGAAUGUGCUGUUGUGGGGAAAGCAUGGAGCAAAAGUAAAGACCCUGGGACACAGAGCUUUUAAGUGUGGACAUGUGCCUGGAAAAAGCAGGGCAAAAGGUGAAUGUGAAUAAUCCCUAAGUCUCCAUUUAUGGGGCUUUGUCUACAUAACAUCACUCUCAAUCAACAAUCUUUCUUUUUUUUUUUACUGGAUUCACAGAUAAUCAAAACAACAACACGGGGGGAGCGGGAUGUGUUCAAAUUGCAUCAGUGUCGGGAUCAGAUGAUAUGCACUUAUUUUUUUCCUCUGGGUAGAUCUGGUGAUUUCUUUCCAACUCUUCUUUCCGUGACCUCUACUUCCGUUUUGUCUCACAUCUCUUUUGUGGCAGUUGUGUAUACUUCCCACAACGGAGCAGACAUGGUGUGGAUGUGAAAGUCCAAAUUUGUGCUGAAGGUAGGGUUGCCAUGUGUCCUCUUUUUCCAGGACACGUCCUCUUUUUCCAUUUGAGACAAAUUCCAUUUAUUUGCUUUGAAUGGCCCUCACAGCAUCCUCUUUUUUUGCUCUUUAAAUAUGGCAACCCCACUGAAAGGCUCAAUUGCAAAUGUGCACAAAUCAGAAUCGCUGAGAUCAAAUUCAAACUGAAAAUCUGUGGGUUCUCAGUGGGAUCAACAUGUCCUGUUGAUGACCCCAAUUGUUACACUGAACCAAAGAGGUGGAGUCUGGCAAAGGGUGUCCAGAUACAAAGGAGAGUAAGGGGCCCUAUACCUUCAGCAGAUAUGCAGAAUUUCAGCAAGUGCAAAGGUGAGAAAAGCUUAGCUGCAAAUUUUCUCCUUCUGCAGAAAAAUGAAAGUUACACAAGCUCCACUUCGUAACCCUCGCAGGUCAUGUCAGCUGCAAAGCACAGGUUAUUGGGCAUUGACAGGGUCCCUGGUUCCCAUUUUAUUUCAACCCAUAUUAUACCAAGCCUUCCCAGCUGGAUAAGAAAAACAUUUUAAUGGUGCUUUCGAUGUGUAUUUAUAUUGUUUUAAAGGCUAUUUUAGCUGUUUUUAUUGCAUGAUUGUAAAUUACCUUGAAUCUUAUACGAAAGGCGAUUCGUCAAUUAAUAAAACCAUAAUAAUACCUCUAGCAUUAUUUUGGAUAUCAUUUGGAUAUUUCCACCUAUUAUAUUAAAACUUCACUAGAGAUCUUGGAACCAAAUUAGGUAGUUUUCAGGUAGAAUUUGCUCAAAAUGCCUCAAACACAAUAAAACACUGGGAACUAUGUUGAAAAUAUAAAACGGGGUAUAGAAUAUCAAAGGGACACUAUUAUAAAGCAUCAAUAACCCCUCAGUUCUGGGUCUGGGGAAAAAGCAAUUUGGGUGUCACCUUGCCUCAAAACAGGAAAAUGCAGAAAAGAGGGGAAUUAUGAGAACCAUGGGGAAAGGGCUAAAAAGAUCUGACAGCAAGAACAAGUUUGCUUAUGUAGUGAAAGCAUGUUUACCCCAUUCUUCAUCUGGCUCUCAGGGCAGCUCAUGGAAGAUCAAUAAGAAGCCCGACUGUCUCUGCCCUCAGGUUUAAUCUGCAAGACACAAUGGAAAAGGGAUGAGGAGGACAGAAGAAAACAAGCAAACUCAGGCAAUAGUUCUUAGAAUUGCAGACUUCUUAUAAAUGGGCAGCUUUAAUGGAAACAACUGAAGGAGAAGAGAAGCCCAAUAAAACUGACCUCUCAACAUAGCCAGUGUUUCCCCUCAUUCCCUCUGUAACCCAUGGCAAGUUGGUCAGGCCACUAAGAGUAUAUCAAAAUUGAAAGGUGAGGGAAUCACUCCCUUGCAUUGCCCUGUACUUAGAACUUCUACAUACCCUCCAACACUUCUCCAAUGAAAAUAGGUAUGUCCUAUUCUAUUAUUAUUAUUAUUAUUAUUAUUAUUAUUAUUAUAUCCCGCCCAACGGAGACGCGAACCCGGUUCCCCAGAUUACGAGUCCACCGCUCUUAACCACUACACCACACUGGCUCUCAAAAUGGCUGGCUCUGUCUUCUGCUCCAUCAAAUGUUAUCUGUGGGAUACUGGCCUGAGGAAGUUUGGACUGACAACCUUGUCUGUGUUUUCCUUCAGCUCGCUGCACAGGUCCUAGAAGAGAAAGGCAUUGGUUUUGGAUUAGUGGAUUCCAAGAAAGAUGCCAAACUUGCCAAAAAGCUGGGUAAGUGUGAUCUGUUUAUAAUGCUGAAGAUAAUCAUGAGUGAAUGUUGAGGGGAUUCCAGUGUCACAUAUCCAAUGACCAAAGUCAAAUUACGAUUCGCAAAGCAGCCAAUGUUCUGCUGGGUUUUUACACAUUACCGCCAGCGCCUAGGCUUCCCUUGCCAGGGCCCUGAUCCAACAAGAUGCACUGCAGCGGCCAUCUGGCCUCAGGCUGGCUGCAAUGAGGCCCUUGCCCAAAUUUCACUCUAGAGUAGUUGAUGAAUUCAGUCUUUCAUAUGCAGUUGUUCCAAUGAUACCAGCGUGAACGAAACAGCCCUUGACAACAAUGAUAUGACUACACUGGAGCAAAGUUAAAGCUGCUGUACUUCUGUGGUAGUUUAUAAGGACUGUGCGGGUACUUAAAAAUAGCUACGGCACUCAAAGGUGAGAGCCGCCAAUAGCAGGGGGCAAAGCCUGAAGGAGGAACAGAAAGUGAUGGAGAGGAGGCAGAAGACAGAGAUUGUUGGAAAGGCUUGGAGUAGGACCUGUAAGAAACUACCAUAUUUUUUGCUCCAUAAGACACACUUUUUUCUUCCUAAAAAGUAAGGGGAAAUGUCUGUGCGUCUUAUGGAGCGAAUGCGUGGUCCCUGGAGCCGAAUUGCCCAGGCGUGAAAAGCAGAUCACGCUCUUUUUUUUUGAAAGAGGGAAGGGGGUGUUGAAACAAAGCCGCUGAUUGGCAAGCGAUCGGGAGGGAGAUAAGGCUGCCAGUCGAGCAUGUGUCUCUUCCAGGGUCCUACUCGAGUGUAGGACAAGCUCCUGACAGUUUCUUUUUUUUUAUGAUAUUUAUUAAAAUUUCAGAAAAAAGAAUUACAUAAAAACAAGAAAAACAAAAAUAAAAGACAAAAGUAAAAAUACAAGAAAAAUACAAAAUACAGAAUACAGAAUAAAAGAAUGAAAACACUUAAAAAGGAAAAAAUAGAUCAAUCUUUCCAUGCCUUACAUUCAUAUCCUUGUUUCCCUGACCUCCUCAUACCUCCCUUUUUUGUAUUCCAAUUCAAUUAGUUAAUUCAACAAUUUCUUUCCCUCUUUAUUUUCUCUUAAUCCUUUAACUUAAUAUAGUAUAACUUUAAAUUUUCACCUGUUAUCAAUCCAUUUUUACAUACACCUUUAUAGCAUUACUGCUUAAACCACUUAACUUCAUUCUAACAUCAUUCUAACAUUCAUUAAUUUUACAAUAUUUCUGUAGAUAGUCUUUAAAUUUCUUCCAAUCUUCUUUCACCAACUCUUCUCCCUGGUCUCGGAUUCUGCCAGUCAUUUCCGCCAAUUCCAUGUAGUCCAUCACCUUCAUCUGCCAUUCUUCCAGAGUGGGUAGGUCUUGUAUCUUCCAAUACUUUGCAAUAAGUAUUCUUGCUGCUGUUGUGGCAUACAUAAAGAAAGUUCUAUCCUUCUUUAACACCAAUUGGCCAACCAUGCCCAGGAGAAAGGCCUCUGGUUUCUUCAAGAAGGUAUAUUUAAAUACCUUUUUCAAUUCAUUAUAGAUCAUCUCCCAGAAAGCCUUAAUCCUUGGGCACGUCCACCAUAGGUGAAAGAAUGUACCUUCAGUUUCUUUACAUUUCCAACAUUUAUUAUCGGGCAGAUGAUAGUUUUUUGCAAGCUUGACUGGUGUCAUGUACCACCUGUAUAUCAUUUUCAUAAUAUUCUCUCUUAAGGCAUUGCAUACCUUCAUACCUGUGGUCCAUAACUGUUCCCAGUCAGCCAUCAUUAUGUUAUGUCCAACAUCUUGUGCCCAUUUAAUCAUAGCAGAUUUCACCGUUUCAUCCUGAGUAUUCCAUUUCAACAGCGAGUUAUACAUCUUUGACAAAAUCUUAGUUUUGGGUUCUAACAGUUCUGUUUCUAAUUUUGAUUUUUCCACCUGGAAGCCAAUUUUCUUGUCCAAAUUAUAUGCCUCCAUUAUCUGAUAAUAAUGAAGCCAGUCUCGCACUUUGUUUUUUAAUUUCUCAAAACUCUGCAGUUUCAGUCUAUCUCCAUCUUGUUCCAAAAUUUCCCAAUAUUUCGGCCAUUUGACCUCCAUAUUGAGCUUUUUCUGAGCUUUCGCUUCCAUCGGUGACAGCCACCUUGGGGUUUUGCUUUCCAAUAAAUCCUUAUAUCUUAUCCAAACAUUGAACAAUGCUUUCCUGACAAUAUGGUUUUUAAAUGCUUUAUGUGCUUUGACCUUAUCAUACCACAGAUAUGCAUGCCAUCCAAAUACAUUGUUAAAACCUUCUAAAUCCAAAAUGUCUGUGUUUUCAAGAAGCAGCCAUUCUUUCAACCAGCAAAAAGCUGCUGAUUCAUAGUAAAGUUUAAAGUCUGGCAGGGCAAAUCCACCUCUUUCCUUUACAUCUGUUAGUAUUUUAUAUUUUAUUCUAGGCUUCUUGCCCUGAAGCUCCUGACAGUUUCAUUGCACAAGUGGAAAUCCUUGUGCUGAUAGAACGAGAUAGCUUCAUACUGCCCAGAGAUGUUUUAUUGUCUAGCAAGAGGGAAAGGACCAGGAGGAACUGAGUGCAACACUCUGAAAUAUUUAAACAGUUAAAAGGAAUAUUUGCUGUAUACUGUGACCCUGGAGAAAAUGGAGCUGUUGGAGGGUAUGUGUCAAGGCUGAAUCUGAAUCUUUUCAACUCCAGUCUCAGGACUGAGGGCUCAUCCAAACUUUUGUUUGUCCUAUGAUUUAUUUUGCCGGGCAGAGCAGCAGGAGAAGAAAAGAACAUAGAAGUCACAGGACAAAUAGGAGAAAUUGUGGGACAAAUGGCAGUGUGGAUGAGCCCUGACUGUCCUUUGUUCUGUUUCAGAUGCAGAUAUUGCUGGCACCGCCUCCAGCCAAGGAAGGCUGUUCACCUUCCAGAAUGGUCUCCAGCUAACAUCACACAGCAGAUUCUUAAUAGACCCAGUGUGACCAUUUUAGCAGGCUCUUUUUCUACAUAAUCCAGUUUUACAGCUAUAAAAUCACAGGGCUGGAAGGAACCUCACCAGCCCAUUUAGUCUAACUGCAAAGUCGUUGCUCUCUCUGUAUGCCCUUUCUCCAGGUCUGGAUGAAGAAGGGAGCCUGUACAUCUUUAAGGAGGAUCACAUCAUCGAGUUUGAUGGGCAAAUGGCUGCAGACGUCUUGGUUGAAUUCCUCCUAGAUGUAAGUACAAACAAAACCAGAACUGGCCCAAUAAAUUCUCCCACAUUUAUAGUUGAAAUAAUGUAUUGGUGUUAGUGCUCUUUGCAACUUAUGUGGUACCUUAUUCUUGGUCUCCGGGCAAAUGUAAUAUAUAAGCCAUAAAUUGCGAAUGGAAACACGCUUUGUCUAAAAAGGACUGUUCUCAACGCUGUCUCCUUUUUUCUCCAAUACUGUUCAAGUGGAAAUUUAGAACUCUUGUUUUGUUCCAAGCAUGACCACUACCCAAGACUGCAAUCCUAUGCACAUUUAAUUGGGAGUAAACUUCACUAUAUAUCAUAGGACUUAUUUUUGAAUAGUUGUGCAUUAGAUUGGACUGCAUGGCCACCAAUUGUAACACUAGAAAGUUAGCCCACACACGGUUACUCCUGAGUGAACUUGUUUAGGAUUAUGAUGCAAUAAUACCUGUUAUUUCUGACAUAUUCCCUAAAUGCUGAUUCUGAAGAUUUUAACAUGCAGACAAUGCCAUUGAAUCAGCUCUUGUACAGCCGCAUCCUCAGUACCUAGUUUGUAUACAGCAAUCUUCCCUGAUCUGUUUUGGACUAUAACGCCCAUCACUCCAAGCCAGCAUAACUGGCCAGACAGAUGGGCAUUAUAGUCUAAAAUAUCUGGCCAGUACUCAGUACUAUGGAGCUGAGUGAAUAAUCCCAGAUGGCAUAUAGAGAAAUAGUCCCACUUGAUGAGACACUUUUUACUACAAAAGUUACAUUAGUAAAAGAAAACAGCAUUUUGAAUGCAUUACAAACAUGCAACACCAGAUGGCGCUGGAGAGCAAAAAUAAAACAACUAUGUUAUUUUCCAUAGUUUUUCCCCCUUUUGUUGUAAUGAUUUAAUUUCUGACUUAUUUAUAGCGUGUUUUUCCCCCUGUUUGUAGAUCCACCCUUUGUUUCAUAUCAGGCAGUAAGCACCCCAUUUACAUUGCUAAUAAGUUGUUCUUGACCAAAUUCUUUCUUCAUGGCAGCUGAUGGAAGACCCAGUAGAGAUCAUCAACAGCAAAUUGGAGCUGCAGGCCUUUGACCACAUGGAAGAAGAGACCAAACUCAUUGGCUACUUCAAAGGAGAAGACUCAGAACGUAGGUUUGGUCGGGGGAUUCAUAGAUCUUGGCGGAUUCUGAAGGGGUCUAAGAAGGUCAACGUUUCCCAUCCAAAUUCUGCAGCAAGAUAGACAGACUUGCUUAAGGGAGCUCUGUCCGCCUUGCUACUGAAUUGGUCUUGUGAUACAAUUCCCGUGUUCUGUUCAGCAUGUUAACGGAAAACCAAAAUAGGUCACGAAAUGUGUGCAGUGGAGAUGGAAUGCAAGGGGGUGGGUGGUGCCCUUGCUCCCAUCCUCAGCACAUCCAAAAGUCUGAGCAGAUCCUAAGCGUGCAGGCUUACACACAGAAGGAAAGUUUCUCAUCCCCUCCUGCCUCCGCAGACGCCUGCAUCCCUCAAGAAGACAUCCCAGAAGGAUGGGGUCCUCCUGAAGAAUGGGGGAUGGAGUGCAGGGCAGGGGCUGUCCUUACAUGAACUUCCUUAACCAUUCUUAGUCUCCAAGCUUAAUUUGGGGUGAUUAGAGCCACCCCCUCUGUAUAAGUGGCCCCUUGUGCCCCUUUAUACGUUUUUCGGGAGAGCGUCUCUCACCCUCUUGAGGCAUUUAACUUUUCAGUUCAAGCCACAGCUGGGCAGCCCUGUUUAGGGAAGUUUUUAAUAUUAUGCUGGGAGCGGGCUAUAAAUAGUAAAUUAUUAUUAUUAUUAUUAUUAUUAAACUUUUCAGUUCAAGCUGCAGGUAGGUUGCCACCUCCAUGAACCUCUCCUAACUACAUAAUAUUUUCACUUUCCCAUUCACUGCAAAAGCUAGAGAGAGAAAACACAUGUGAGCUCUUGCAAAUCCACAACAUGGAUUCCUUAAACUUUGGAGCUGGAUGCAUGUGGUUUUCAAAUGAGAAUAAUGUAGACAAAUAAAUCUCAUUUUAAAGGGUUCUCUGUGCUUUUGAAAAGUGAUAUUUUAACUCAUGUCCCGUUUCAUAUUAUGAGAAUAGCUUGAUUUUGUGUUUCCCCCUCUUUCCCACUUAUUCUGUGAGGAAAGAGGGGCUCUGUAAUGGCAGAAUCAGGCCAGGCUGCAUAGCACAGCAGCAGCAAGGGUGGAAAUGCAGGGUUGGUUUCUAGACUGACUACCAUGGGAGUUAUUUUUGAUCCAGCUUUCAGAAGCUGAUGCCAGUGCAUGUGUUAAUCUUCAUUUAAGAUGACCAAACGGGAAAUAAUCUUCUCCUUCCUUUCUGCUUCUCAGAUUACAAAGCAUUUGAGGAGGCAGCGGAACACUUCCAGCCCUACGUCAAGUUCUUUGCCACCUUUGACAAAGGGGUAAGCAGCUGGAACCCCGCAAAUUCCACAUAAGAGCUGUUAGGAAGGAUUGCAGCAAUAGAGUUUGGAUUUGAUAUCCCGCCUUUCACUCCCCUUCAGGAGUCUCAAAGCAGCUAACAUUCUCCUUUCCCUUCUUCCCCCACAACAAACACUCUGUGAGGUGAGUGGGGCUGAGAGACUUCAGAGAAGUGUGACUGGCCCAAGGUCACCCAGCAGCUGCAGGUGGAGGAGCGGAGACGCGAACCCGGUUCCCCAGAUUAUGAGACUACCGCUCUUAACCACUACACCACACUGGCCUGCAAUGGCUUUUAGCAAUGCUUUUUUUAGCAUUGCUUUUAGCAAUGGCUAAAUCUGGUGGUGGUUAAAUAUGAGUCAUGCCAGGGGUAGGCAACCUAAGGCCUGGAGGCUGGAUGUGGGCCAAUCACCUUCUCAAUCCGGCCAGAGAACGGUCCGGGAAUCAGCAUGUUUUUACAUGAGUAGAAUGUGUGUUUUUAUUUAAAAUGCAUCUGUGGGUUAUUUGUGGGGCACAGGAAUUCGUUCAAUCCCCCCCCAAAAAAUAUAGUUCAGCCCACCACAUGGUCUGAGGGACGGUGGACCGCCCCAUGGCUGAAAAAGGUUGCUGACCCCUAAAUCAUGCAAUACUCCCAUGACAAGCGAGUUUGCCAGUUGUUCACUGCGUCGCUUGCAAGAACUACUGCACAGGGUCCUAGGUGUUGGUGCAAGUGUGUAUGUGUGUGUGUAAAGGAGAAUUCUUGAAUGCCAAGAUUCAAUUUUGGGGCAAGUACUCUUUGGAGAGACAACCUUAGCAGAGGUUUAAAGUCACAAAAUAUGCAGCAAAGUAAUGUGUGGAAACAUAGGCUCUUAGACAUUUUAAAUAUCCCCUACCAAGUAAAUUCCAGAAUGUCCCCUUCAAAAGUUUCUUUCCAAACUUUCCCGUUCCCCCCAGCACAGGAAAAAGACCACGUUUAGUAAACACGUUUAGAGUUUACUUACAAACUCUCCAAAGGUCAGAGUCAUGUGCUUUACCAUACAUCAGUCAGAAAAGUUACAGAGGCAGUAGCACUUAGCUUAGUUACAAAGUGAUGAAAGUUCCUAAAUUAUUGGUAUAGUAACUCAAGAAUGCCUGCCAACCUAGCAGUUCGAAAGCACCCCCGGGUGCAAGUAGAUAAAUAGGGACCGCUUAAUAGCGGGACGGUAAACGGCGUUUCCGUGUGCUGCGCUGGCUCGCCAGAUGCAGCUUGUCACGCUGGCCACGUGACCCGGAAGUGUCUGCGGACAGCGCUGGCCCCCGGCCUCUUAAGUGAGAUGGGCGCACAACCCUAAAGUCGGACACGACUGGCCCGUACGGGCAGGGGUACCUUUACCUUUUAACUCAAGAAUGGCUUAUGAGAGCCGGGUGGUUGAGCUGAUGUCUGUGUUAUCAAAAUUGUUUUGUGAAUUACCGCUGCUGAGAAUGUAAUUAUCAUUAUCUGUAGUUUUCAAAAAUUAAUCUCCCUCUGACCUUACUUUUUACAAUCUCGCACCCUAUCGUAUAUCUGUGUACCUGCAACUCAGGAUAACACUUCAUUCAUCUGAUGAAGUGGGGUGUGGGCCACAGUUUUUCUUGCCAUUUAUAUUGGGACUUGAUACUCAAACCUUGAUGACUUGGAAUGAAAUUCAAAAGAAGAUGAGGAGUGUAUUUGAUUUCUUUUGCAUUUUCUUAGCUUGCUUCUUUUUUAUGUACAGUGUUUCAUAGUUGUUAAGGGGCAUAUAAAGGUCUUGUGUAUUUCUUUAUUCGUGUGAAAUAAUCAUUCACUCCUAUAAUCUGCCCACAUGUAACAGUAUCCUUGCCAUCCGAGUUUCCACUUUUCUCAGUUCCCACAUUUUUUAAAGUCAGGUGGAUGGUGACCAGUGAAAUUGUAUUUUUGUUCUGGCAUCUUGGCUGUGGGAUACUGUCCCUAAGGAGACUCACUCAGUGCUGCCGAUCCUGAUGUCUGUUCCGCACCAGAUAAACAUUUUUUAUUGCCUGAUGCUUUUAAUGCUAACUUGUUUUAGAUCUUUUCCUAGCAACUGUGGAUGUUCUUGCUUUAACUUAUUAAUGUUGUUAUUUAUGUUGUUAGCUGCAAGCCGCUUAAAAUAUUUGGACUAGAUGUAAAUUAUCAUAAUAAAGUAUUGUAUAUGCAUAUAGAAAGGGGAUUUUUAAACUGUGCAUGUGGGAUUAAAGAACAAGCAAACGAAAACUGCCAUUCAACCUUGCUAGAUUCAAUUUUGCUUUGUUAGUUUUCAGAAGAGCAUUGCUGAUUCUGAUGAAAGCAGUGUUUUUCUUGUUAUGAAAGUAUGUAGUGCUAUAUUUCUUUGUUGCGGUAUUUUAACUUUCCACAUACUUACAUGUUGAAUAAUUCUAUCAUUCAGAAAGUGGUCAGUGUGAGCUGACAAUAUAUUAGAGAGAAAUGUUUUUCAGCAAAAGAAAUGCCCAUAAUUUACCAGUUUAUUUGCUUGUUUAUAGGUUGCAAAGAAACUGGGCCUGAAGCUAAAUGAGGUGGAUUUCUAUGAGCCUUUUAUGGAUGAACCGGUCCAUGUCCCUGACAAGCCAUAUACAGAAGAAGAACUGGUUGAUUUUGUGAAUGAGCACAGAAGGUAUCAAUCAUGGAACUCAGAAUAGUACCCCUUGUCCUAUAGGGUCAGGGCAUCCCAGUUGCAGUGCAGACCCCCCAAGUGUCCCUAUUUUCCAGGGACCGUCCCAGAUUUACAGAAGCCGUCCUUGUUUCUGAUUUGAUCCUAGAACAUCUCCCUUUUCCUAAGACCAUCCCAAUUUAAACGGAGUAAUGUUGACGGAUAUGGAGUUGUACGACUCCCAAGCCAAGGAGAUUAGUAACACUAUAAACUUUAGAAAACAUCUGAAAGCAGCCCUGUAAUAGUUUUACUGUUUUUAUAGAUGUUGGAAGCUGCCCAGAGUGGCUGGAGCAACCCAGUCAGAUGGGUGGGGUAAUAAUAAUAAUAAUGGAAUAGGACGUCCCUUUUUUCAUCAGAGAAAUGUUGGAGGGUAUGAGUUCAGGUGUCUGUCUUUCCAAUCUGUCUCUCAUCUGAGAGUGGCAAACGUCCUAUUGAAGGCUUGUGUUUUACAGGCCCUGCUUUUGCAGGUCUCUUGAUUAUUGUGGUGUAGUGGUUAAGAGCAGUAGACUCGUAAUCUAGUGAACCGGCUUCGCUUCCCCACUCCUCCACAUGCAGCUGCUGGGUGACCUUGGGCUAGUCACACUUCUCUGAAGUCUCUCAGCCCUACUCACCUCACAGAGUGUUUGUUGUGGGGGAGGAAGGGAAAGGAGAUUGUUGGCCGCUUUGAGACUUCUUUGUUGUUGUUUAGUCGUUUAGUCGUGUCCGACUCUUCGUAACCCCAUGGACCAGAGCACGCCAGCGUAGUGAUAAAGUGGGAUAUCAAAUCCAAAUUCUUCCUCCUCCUCCUCCUCCUCCUCCUCCUCCUCCUCCUCCUCUUCUUCUUCUUCUUCUUCUUCUUCUCCUUCUCCUUCUUACAGCCUGCACAAAAACCUCUUCAUGAGUGAUUUGCAGAUAUUUGGUAACUCAAAAUGGGGGUGUAUCAAUAGACCAGUAAUUUGGAAAUCCUGCAGGGUUUAUUUAUUUGUGAAAAGAACAAUAGAAUGGAGGGUUACUGAGUGGCACACAACAUUAUAAUCUGCAUGGCCAUGUUUGCAUCCGCACACAUACAGUACAUGGAUUGCAAUGAAGAAUUAUUUGCAGCUUGUGUUGCCCAGGGAUGUAGCUAGGAUUUGUGGAGUUAUGGGCCCACCACCUGUGCUUUAGAUCCUUGCCCAUCCUGGCUAAUAAAAGCUGCCAGAGAAGGUCUGGCCACAUAGGUUUGUGUUGUGCCCAAUUUCUCUUUUUAGCAAGGUAUAAUGCCAUCUGGCUUCAAGUAAGAGGAGGUAAGGCCACUUUUUGAAAAGUUGUCGCUGGGCUUGACAGCAUUACACAACUAUUGGUCAGUCUGAAAUAGUUCCUUAGGGGGCAAAGUGUUGCCCAAACAGAAACAGGUGGUGGCGUCUUGGUUCCAGGUUUCCCUAGAUGAAAUUGAUUUCCUAGGCCCAUUUCAAUCUGGCUUCAAGUCUGGUCAUGGAACAGACAUGAACUUUGCUGCCUUAGUAGAUGACUUUCACAGGGAAAGGGAGCGCAUUCCUGUUGAUUCUGCCAAAUUCUUUGGUGGCAUAAAAUACCAUAAAUCCUUCUGGAUGUUGGUGGUCACCAUUGAUGCUAACCCUUUAAACGUAUGCAAAUAGUAGGUGGAUAGAAAAAGAUACAUUUUACUUGCCCAAAAAUGGAAAUCAGAAGAAGUCCUGAUGGAAGAAGAAUGGAUACAAAAAUUUGUGGAAUAUGCAGGAAUGGCGAAACUUAGCAGAAAAAAUAAGAAAUCAAGAUAACAAACUUUUGAUAAAAGAAUGGAAAUGGUUUAUUGAAUAUUUACAAACAAACUGUAAACAGAUAAGAACAUUGGCAGGAUUAUUGUAAUAACCUGCAGUUUUAUAAGAGUUUGCAUUUAAAGUAGAUGAAUAAAUGAUUAAGUUAAUUUGGAAUAUGCAGAAAAUAUUAAAAAAAUUAAUUGAAGGAACCGCAGAAAGAGGGGGAAGGAAGUUGAGUUUCAAAACAUUAAAAUGAUUGUAAAAUUAUUGAAAUACAUAAAAUUGAAAAUCAUAAAUAAAAAUUAUCAGAUAAGGCCUCUCCUCUUCACGGAGGGGAGGUGUUGUGAGCGGGAGCCACUUCCCGCGCUGGCAGGGGGCGUAACUCAGCCCCCUGCGUCUCUGAGUCUUGUGCCCGCGUCACGCUCACCAGCCAGCCUAUAAGGCUGGGUGGGUGCAUGGCUUAGCUGUAUUUGAACGACCACGGGCACACGGACUCUCCCUUCUUGUUCCUGGCUUCCUCGGAUCACCCGCCCACCCUCCUUUAGGUUUCUUCCUUCUUUUCUUGACCUUGCUAUGGACUUCGGUUGGUCACCUUGGUUGUCCAGGGGGCCUGGUAGGAAUUUUUUUCCACUUGGCAGAUUGGCACCAGCCACUUGGUUUUUUCGCCUACCUCAUAGCAAAUCGUCACAACUUUGUCAGGUUUGGCGGUUAGGCAAACGCGUUGUGUGUCAAAGGGGAGGUUGUGGCCAUCACCUACCACUCCCCUUGAAGGGUAUUCUGUUAAAGGAAGCCUGCGGUUGUGGUUCCUGUCCUAUGCCCUGGGGGUGGCUAGGGCCAUGGCUUGACCCCCGGUGAGUCUAGGGGAAAGCUUCCAGUUGAUUUGCAUCAACAAGUUCCCCCUACUGGUUGUUAACCCUUGUGUGACUCCUGGCAGAGCGGGCAGGAGUCAAGUAUAGUCUGUCCGAUCCAAUGCCUAAGCCAAUGCCACUCACAUUCUGUAACCAAUAAAUUUGUGGCCUUCUUAGCCCACUAACCUAAAUACUUGGGUCCAUGUGUAUUAUUUUCUCUCCAAGCGGGGGUGGGGCCUCGACUCACAAAAGAAAAAAAUUCAGUGGUACCUCAGGUUACAUACGCUUCAGGUUACAGACUCCACUAACCCAGAAAUAGUACCUCAGGUUAAGAACUUUGAGAACCUAAAUCACGUGCCAGUGGCACGGUGGCAGUGGGAGGCCCCAUUAGCUAAAGUGGUACCUCAGGUUAAGAACAGUUUCAGGUUAAGAAUGGACCUCCAGAACGAAUUAAGUUCUUAACCCAAGGUACCACUGUACAUGAUAUAUUGUGCCUGGAUAGAGUCUAUUCCUCCUUGCUCCCACGUUGUUGCUGUUUGUGUUAAUGGAAAUUGCUGAUGCUCCCGUAUGGUUUGGAAUCAGACUUACUGCAGUUGUAAAAAAAGAUGGACCACUGUGUCAAUCUGGUUUAGGCCUGCCAGUGGAAGUUCCUGUCUUCUGAGUCUACUUUUGUUACACAGAAUCUUACAAUCAUAAUCACCAUACAGAUUCACCCAUAAAACUGAGGUCUCUAUUCUUUCUUUUCAGAGCCACACUGCGCAAGCUGCGCCCAGAAGAUAUGUUUGAGACCUGGGUAAGUGAAACAAAUUGGGAGCACUGGGAGCUAUAGGGAUGGGGAUAUUUUCGUGAGAAAGUAUCUAGUCUAGCUGCAUUGUCAAGCACGCCCGUAAAGAAGACUCAGAAUGCAAAGUAUAUGGUAAAAUUGUUAUGCUUGCUACAACCAAAUCCAAGGCAUCUGGGAAGGUGAAUUAUGUCAUAAGGAAGAAUCACAGCCCUCGGAUCUCCUGGGCAUGUUAACAGCUGCAAACCGCAGCCAUGCAGCAAAGAACUGGGAAGAAAUUACCCCCCCCCACUUGCUACUUGAAGCUUGGGUAUGUGAACCUGGGACUCGUGUAGCUCUGCUAUCCAGCAUUCACCAGGGGGGCACCCUCAAGGACCAACCCCCCCAGUCAAAGGCAGUAUUCAUGAAAAUAGUGUACACAAAUAUAAGAGAAUUUGUCAUAUGUAUAUAUGGCAAAAUCAUGAGCAAAAUGCAUGCAUUAUAGGGGAGCCCAAACCUUUUUCAAAGAGGGCCAACCAAAGUUGAAAGUGAAAGUUGUUGAGCUUUUUGGAAUAAGCUGCCCCCCGAACGGACUUUGGACGUGCCUGCAUUAGGAGAAAGGCACAUGAAGAUGAAUACAGAUGACUUCAAAAAAUAAUACUAAUUCUAAACUGAUGCAGAGAUAGGGUGAAGCGGAAUCAAGGGGGGUGGAUUUUGAAGCACAGAUAAACCAAAAUGGACAGAUCCAUCCAUUGGUAGUUGAAUGGCAGCCUCUGUUCUCUAACACACUGGGAGAUGCUAGGAAAAUGAAGCCCGGGUUUCUUCCACUGCAUCAGAGAUGAGCCUUUGCCACUUGUUUAAUGAGUUAUCGACUUUGGAAUUGUGUUUGUGCUAAUACAGUUUGAAUUGUCUUGUGGGGCGAGGGGGGGGGUUGGAAGAAAAGAAACACACAAACCACACAUUACAGUGGACUAUUUUUGCUCUCAUUUCAGUAGUAAAUCUGCUCCAAACAUCUCUAAAGCCUCGUUCUUACAAUUCCCCCACCUUCCCCCAGAGAUGUUUUCCACUUAUUCUUUUAGCUCUUCAUUUUAUGGGGGUUCUGUAACUGGUGGGCUCAGAGGGGAAAGAAAUUAGCAUUUAGAUGGAUUUUUUUCCUCUUGCAUUAAUACCAAUUGAAAUUGAAAGCUGGGAUUGGUGGAAGACAAGGAACAUGAGGGUUUUCCAUGGUAUAAUUCCAAUAUGACAUUCAUAGCAGGUGCACAAUAAACAACCUGACUGCCAACUCAGAUGGCCUUUGCCAAUAUAAUUUUCAUUGUGCCCAGAUACCCAAGGCCUUGCUGCCAACCUUGUGGCUUUUAAGAAGAAAACCAUCCCAGAUUAUUUUUUUUAAAAUGCUAACCUUUCUCAAUUCUCUUUUCCUCUUAUUAGAUUUUACAGACACCCCUGCCAGAAUCUUUUUGUUCCUUUCUCCCAUUCCUAUGCCCCAACUGUCCCCUUCAAUUCUCACUUUUGGACAGCACCAGAAAGAACCUUCUGUGAUUGUUUGGUUGCCUUACAAACUUUAUGGGUGAUCACGACCUGUACAAAACCACUUUAAUGGUCCUUAAUGACUUGGAGUCUCUCUACAGUCUUUGAAAUGUUAUACCCAUCAGAAUUUUGUAGAAAGGUGGGAGCACUCUUAACUUCAUAAGCAUUCAUACAUUCACUGACCACAUGAUGGAGUUGUGUGAAAAAGGCUGGUGUUUUCAGUUGGGAGUUUUCGAUUGCUGGGGUUUGGGCCACAGGAGAGAGCUGGUCAGCGGUUGUUCAGGUGCAGUUCAGAUUAGUAACUGUGCUACAUGUCUUAGACAGAAUCUAUGUACUCCCAAGUCUGCUUGAGUCAUUAUAAAUAAGUGGCUUGCCAUAUGUGUUCUGGGACACUUUAUCCCUCUGCAAGAAAAAUAACUUGUGGGGGAAGAGCCUUAUGGACCAUGGAACCUGCCGAUCAAUCACAGGAAUAAUAAUAAUAAUUUAUUACUUAUACCCUGCCCAUCUGGCUGUGCCUCCCCAGCCACUCUGGACAGCUUCCAACAGAAUAUUAAAAACACAAUCAAACAUCAAAAACUUCCCUAAACAGGGCUGCCUUCAGAUGUCUUCUAAAAGUCAGAUAGUUGUUUAUUUCCUUGACAUCUGGUGGGAGGGCGUUCCACAGGGAGGGUGCUACUGCCGAGAAGGCCCUCUGCCUGGUUCCCUGUAACUUGGCUCCUCACAGGGAGGGAACCGCCAGAAGGCCCUCGGAGCUGGACCUCAAUGUCCGGGCAGAACAAUGGGAGUGGAGACACUCCUUCAGGUAUACUGGACUGAGGCUGUUUAGGGCUUUAAAGGUCAGCACCAACACUUUGAAUUGUGCUCGGAAACAUACUGUGAGCCAGUGUAGGUCUUUCAAGACUGGUGUUAUGUGGUCUUGGCAGAUGCUGCCAGUCACCAGUCUAGCUGCUGCAUUCUGGAUUAGUUGUAGUUUCUGGGUCACCUUCAAAGGUAGCCCCACGUAGAGUGCAUUGCAGUAGUCCAAGCAGGAGAUGACCAGAGCAUGCACCACUCUGGUGAGACAGUCUACAGUGAAGACUGGAAUUCAUUGUAAGGUUGUCAUUAUUGACUGCUUUUGGACCCAAACAAGGAUGACAUUCUAUUGGUAGGAGCCAUGAGUAUAAAAUGCGGAAUUAGCAUAUUGAGGCAAGUCAUUUAGAACCCUUUCCAGUGUAUCUCCACCUUGUGUCUGCUCAUUUAUUUUCAGCUCCCCACUGAACUUUGCCUACUUUUUUUUUGUUGAUUCUGUUCAUAUUUAUCUUUCUGUUAAUUUCUAGAAACACUUCUAAUCAUAGAUUUUUCUUGACAUUCUCUGGUUGACCGAUCUUCAGGUCCAUCUCCCCAUGCCUAGCGCACUGUCGUCCCUAACUUUCCGCUCACCAAUCCCAUGUUUCUUGUCCACAGGAGGAUGACCUCGAUGGCAUUCACAUUGUGGCAUUUGCUGAAGAAGAUGACCCAGGUAAGGGAUCUUUCUUUGUCCACCUUUCUGGAGCGCAGAGAUCAAUGGAAAUUACAACAUAUCCCUUCCUACGUGCAAGAACACAAGAGAGCAGAUCAUGGAAUAAAACCAUUUGCUUGGAUAUCUCUAACCCUCCUAUGUCUGUAGGAUUCAUACUUGGUCAGUGAUACUUUUCUACUCACCCUGGGGACAAAGUAAAGGCAGCAAGAAUUUGCUCCCUCAUGUUUUGGCUGUGUUUGAACUGCACAAAUGUGAAGUAAUUUACUGCUGACGUAAAUGCAAGAACAAGCUACUACUGUUUGAAAGAAUUGUUGUAAACACACCUUUCCUUUAUGUGAGAGUGUGUAAAUCUAUCGGAGACUACAGUUCUUGCAUUUCAUGGCUACGAACAGUGCAAAUAUGUUGCUUCAUUUCAAUAUUAUUAUUAUUAGUAUUAGUAUUAUUAUUAUUAGUGUACAGCUUUUCCUGAGUUGCAAAACUACCUCAGGGAUUUGGAGGAAGGGGGCCAGUGAUAUCAGAGGCACCAGCUAAUCUGCACUUUGUACAGCCAACUACUGCUGCUCACAGGAACCCUUUCCCCGCAGCUCAGCUCUUUUGUUUGCAGGGGCUUCCAACAUGGCUUUGUUGCUCCAGUAAUGUUUUGUUUACAUGCCAUCUAAGUCAUGAGGCAGGUUCUUCAUGCAGAGGAGAAGAUGGGCAAAGAAAUGAAGAGAUUACCGGGCUACUCCCCAUGUCCAGAACAGAAAGGACAGUUGAAUGGCAAUGAGAAAAUGCAGAGGGCCAAUAUUUUUUAUUUAUUCUCUUCUGCCACUGGCAGGGUUGCUUGGGACAUCCUGUUCUCACCCUGAUCUGACACCUAUGCAUGAGAGGAACUUAGACCGUAUUUCUUUUCAGAUGGCUUUGAAUUCCUGGAAAUUGUCAAGCAGGUUGCUAAAGACAAUACCGACAACCCUGAAUUGAGCAUUGUGUGGAUUGACCCAGACGACUUUCCUCUGGUGAGUACGAUGGCCUGGCGUUAUUGUCAUUUUGUUGUAAUUUUCCCAGUGCUCCAGAUAGAUUCAUAGGCACCCUCCUAUCCACUUCUACAACGGCAAAUCUCCUAGAGAUGAACUCUGGCACGGAAAGUACCAUUCUGCCAGCUGUACUUGGCUCAAAUUAACCCUUACUUUCUGGAAUGUGUUGGUGGAGACAAAGGAGGAAAGGGGAAGAAAAUAUUGAACGAGAAAUGGAGAACAACAGCCCAAGUCUUACAAAAAUAACACACACAUUUGGAUGGCAACCUUUCUUUACCUCUAGUUUCCCACUUAUCAGGCCCCAUUAUUUAUUUGGGUGAACUUGGAUUUGUGCACCGCUUAAUAAAUCACCAUAUUUAUAUGAAAUGCUUCCCUUUUCUUUUGCUCCUACAGCUCAUUGUGUACUGGGAAAAGACCUUCAAGAUUGACCUCUUCAAGCCACAGAUUGGUGUGGUCAAUGUCACAGAUGUGAGUAUCAGCAAGUUCACGUACCUGGUAGCUUUAGGUUCAAGGAAGAGACAAACUGACAUGGGGCCUAUCCAAAGUCCAAAAACUGGAUUUCUUCGUUUGGCGCACCCAUACUCUUCUCUUCUUCCAGGUAUCCCACUGCAGUAUACUUCUAGGAAGUCCUCUGCCAACUUAAGUCUUGCUUAUUUCAGAGACAGAACUAUAGUUGCAUGCUGAGGAUGAUCAUAUACAUAUUCAGACUCAGGAGUGGUGUCCUACUUAUGGUUGUGGUGGCGCCAACCCUGAUCCAUCAUAGAUAGCUUGGAAGUCAUAGAAUCAUAGAAUCAUAGAAUCAUAGAGUUGGAAGAGACCACAAGGGCCAUCGAGUCCAACCCCCUGCCAAGCAGGAAACACCAUCAGAGCACUCCUGACAUAUGGUUGUCAAGCCUCUGCUUAGUUCAGUAGCAAGUGGGGGGAGGAGGAAAGCCUGCUAAUUCCCAGUUAUGGCAUCUUUCCUUUGAUUCAUGAAGUCAAUAAAGUGGUACAAAAAUUCAGAUACAGUUGUACCUCGGCUCCUGUACGCCUUGGGAGUUGAAUGUUUUGGCUCCCGAACCAUCAGAAACUUGGAGUGUUUCGGUUUUCAAACGUUCUUUUGGAAGCCGAAUGUCCGAUGGGGCUUCUGCGGCUUCUGAUUGGCUGCAUGAAGCUCCUGCAGCCAAUCAGAAGCCGUGCUUUGGAAGUUGAAUGUUUCACAAGUCGAACUUCAGAAUAAGUUAGACAAGAUUCUUGCGUAAUUGAUUCUAAGAGCUAAAUUUGAGCUUUGAAAUCUCUUAAGGACAGAAAUAAAACUGGCUGAAUAUUGUAAAAUAUUCUGUAUUGCAGUCAGCCUCUGCCCCUUAGAGAAGCACUAGCAGUGAGAUUAGCAAACUGCCCAUAGGUGGUUCCCCGGUUCAAGUGGAAGACAUGAGGGAGGCACAGAAAACUCAGUGCUGUCAUGAGUAUGCAUGCAGUCUGAAGAGGAGCAGCCCAGAAAAAGCGUUAUCUGCUUGAUUCUGUCAAUUGCUCUUAAUUUGAAAAGCAAACAUUUAUUUCAGCAAUUUGGCAGAGCACUGUUCUGUCAGGAGUGAGAUAUCUUAUUCAAACUAUUAUAACUGACUAUAGGAACCACCAAACUAAAGAGGGCAGUCUUAUAUUUCUGUUUGCAAAUCGUGUUCUUACACCUGAUAAAUUUUUAAAGGUAAAGGUACCCCUGCCCGUACAGGCCAGUCGUGUCCGACUCUAGGGUUGCGUGCUCAUCUCGCUCUAGAGGCCGUGAGCCGGCACCGUCCGGAGACACUUCCGGGUCACGUGGCCAGCGUGACGAAGCUGCUCUGGCGAGCCAGCACCAGUGCAGCGCACGGAAACGCCGUCUACCUUCCCGCUAUAAAGCGGUACCUAUUUAUCUACUUGCACUUGGGGGUGCUUUCGAACUGCUAGGUGGGCAGGAGCUGGGACCGAACGACGGGAGCUCACCCCGCCACGGGGAUUCGAACCGCCGACCAUACGAUCGGCAAGUCCUAGGCACUGAGGUUUUACCCACAGCGCCACCCAUGUCCCUUGUGAUAAAUUUUUACAAGCAUUUUAUUUUCCCAACCAUCUUCCACACUUCAUACUGGAGGCCGACUGCUCCCAAAUCCAGAUACAAUGAUAAACUGACUCCGUAUGGCACCUACAUUUAUACCUUUUAUCGUUUCCCUCCUUUUUUAUUCCAUGUUUCCCAUACUCCUUUCUGUUACUAAUUUAUUCAUAACAGACCCUUUACGCUAAGGUCCCAGAGCAGGUGACAGCAUUAAAAACAAUAUUAAAACAACUUACAACCCUUCUCUUGGUGAUAGUGGUUUUUAUUGGGAGUCAUUGGGAGCACCUCAUAGAACUGUAGAAUUGGAAGGGACCCACGGCAAUGCUAAAAUCUCAACUAAUGUAGAAUAGAACUUGCCAACUGUCACUUGUUAAAAACAGUUCAUCCUGUUCUGGGAUGCUGAGGGAAUGACUCGGAUUCACUCCUGUUUACAAAGAAAUAAAAAAAUCUGGGAUGUAGUUUGGUUUGAGAAUUAUGGUUAUUAUUAUUAUUUUACUGGAGCCAACUUUGUCUGGCAGGUAAACCUUUCAGGUGUUAAAAAUAAUGAGGUAAAGUGUGGGUUGCUUGAAAUCUUGUCUGUAGAUGGAAUUGAGACAAAGGUGAACUUUUUGUUGUCUGGUUUGUUUGUGGAUUGAGAUUUCAAAAGGGUAGCUCAGGGAUCCAGAUGGUGGGGGGUGCUUGCAGAGAUGAGAAGCAGCAUAUAGGAAGAGCUGAAGAACUCUAGCCUGGUGGGUGCAGGAGGAAAAAGCUAGGGCUGCUAGCAGACAGAAGAGCCUAAGAACUCUCUACUGAAAUAAUCUUACUUAAAAGAAUUUGAGGAAAUGAAAAAGAGUUUUAGAUAGGACUAGGUGGAUGUAUUUAUCCUGUUUUAUUUCCCUUGCCCUUUGGGGAAUGUUUUAUGUGCACAAAAGGUAAAGGACCCCUGACAGUUAAGUCCAGUCGCAAACGACUGUGGGGUUGCAGCGCUCAUCUCGCUUUACUGGCCGAGGGAGCCGGCGUACAGCUUCUGGGUCAUGUGGCCAGAAGGACUAAACUGCUUCUGGCGAACCAGAGCAGUGCACGGAAAUGCCAUUUACCUUCCCGCCGGAGCAGUACCUAUUUAUCUACUUGCACUUUGACGUGCUUUCAAACUGCUAGGUUGGCAGGAGCAGGGACCGAGCAAUAGGAGCUCACCCCGUCGCAGGGAUUCGAACCGCCAACCUUCUGAUCGGCAAGCCCUAGGCUCUGUGGCUUAACCCACAGCACCACCUGAGUCCCAUUUUAUGUGCAUAUAACCAUGCUAAACCGCCCCCCCGCUAAGAAAAAUCUUCUUAUUUUUAAGUAAACUUUUGAAACGCCAAUCUACGAAGGUGUUCUCGAGGUCCAGCAGAGCGUAGAUUGUUUCAUGGAGGCUGUCAGGGGGGUUAAAUGAAGAAUUUCCACCUGGGGACAGUGGGAAAGUCUGGGGAAGGGGAGAGCAAACGAGUGUGGUGAGGUGCUCACAUGGGCAGGGGUGUGGCUGGGGUCCUGUGACAACUACAAAAAGGAAUGCGGUGUGGAGGGAAAUUCAACUUUUAUUUCUAUUCAUUGUAACUUUAUGUAUGUAUUGCCAUGUAUUGUUCCAUGCACAUCUCAGAUGGCUGAUUCUGCAAAUACUCAGCAAAAGUCCAGUGGGGAUGAACUGGGCUUACUUCAGAACAGUUUAAGGGCCAGUGCUUAGAGCAAAAGCAGUGCAAGGGGGAGGAGUCAUAGACUCGUAGAAUUGUAGAGUUGGAAGGGAUCUCAAGGGUUAUCUAGUCCAACCCCCUGCAAUUCAGGAAUCUCAGCGAAAGCAUCUAUGACAGAUAGCCAAAAGGAAAGUUGGACUCUCACUGCUUACCCUUCCCACAACCUCCUUUAAGCACUUUUCUCCCUCAGCUGAGGAGAAAACACCUAAAGGAAUUGGAAGGUGGUACGCCGUGGUCUAAACCACAGAGCCUGCGCUUGCCGAUCAGAAGGUUGGCGGUUCGAAUCCCUGCAAUGAUGGGGUGAGCUCCCGUUGCUCGGUCCCAGCUCCUGCCAACCUAGCAGUUUGAAAGCACAUCAAGUGCAAAUAAAUAAAUAGGUAUUGCUCCAGCGGGAAGGUAAACGGCGUUUCCGUGCGCUGCUCUGGUUCGCCAGAAGCGGCUUAGUCAUGCUGGCCACAUGACCUGGAAACUGUCUGUGGACAAACGCCAGCUGACUUGGCCAGUAAAGUGAGAUGAGCUCCAAAACCCCAGUCAUCCACGACUGGACCUAAUAGUCAAGGGUCCCUUUACCUUUUAACACCUCUCAUUAUACACAUAAUUGGGCAGAUCAGGAUUUAAAUGUUUAGUUUGGCCCAAUCUCCUGCUAUUUUACAUGAAGCAAAUCUUCAUUUUUCUUUCUAUACUGCCUUUUCUUUUAGGCUGAUAGUGUCUGGAUGGAUAUCAGAGAUGAUGAUGACCUCCCAACAGCUGAGGAAUUGGAAGAUUGGAUAGAGGAUGUACUUUCUGGGAAGAUAAACACUGAAGACGAUGAUGUUGAUGAAGACGAUGAAGAUGAAGAUGAUGAUGAUGACGACGAUGACGAUGACUAGGUUAUGGCACUUUGAAAGCAUCCGGACAUUAAAUUUAUAUUCCUCAAGAUGUUAUGCCUCCCAGUGUUCUCCCUUAAAGGGAAGACAUUUGUAUUUAGGACUUCCAAAGUCUGUUUUUAAGGGUCACUGAAGGCUUGCUGCCUUGUUUUCUUUCCUUUGUACCCAUCUCCAACAUAUUUCCUAUUCUAACUUCCAAAAGCUCUUUCCCAAGCAUAAGACAAUAAAAAAGGUGACUGCAUGGCA